CAGUGGCAGGAGCUGAUGGGUGGAACAAACGGGGCAUAAAAAGACUAAUAUGACUAACGGAUCCUGGAUGCGUGGUACCCUUAUUUGGAUCUACAGGAAUGUAGGCACUAGCAGUUCUGCAGCUCUACCAGCCUUUUGCCUGACACUGAAACUGCUGCUCACAAAGUAGAAUCCUGCUGCUCUGUGGUAGGAAGGAUAGAGAAAGAACAUGGCCUGCAUUUUGAAGAGGAAGUCCAUCGUUGCUGUGAGUUUCAUUGCAGCAUUCGUCUGUCUGAUCAUCGUUCGUCUCACAAAUGAAGUAACAUUCCCUUUGAUCCUAAACUGCUUUGGACAACACAGUGUCAAAUGGAUACCAUUUUCUAAUGGCCAAAGGCAGCCUCUGAGAACUCAUUAUGGGUAUAUAAAUGUGAAAACACAAGAGCCUCUGCAACUUGACUGUGACCUGUGCGCCAUUGUUUCAAACUCGGGACAGAUGGCUGGCCAGAAUUUGGGAGCCGAGAUAGACAAGUCCUCCUGCAUAUGGAGGAUGAACAAUGCUCCUACAAAGGGCUAUGAGGAAGAUGUUGGGAAGAGAACAACCAUAAGAGUGGUCUCUCACACAAGCGUGCCUCUCCUACUCAAGAAUCCUGAGUACUUUUUCAAAGAAACCAACAACACUGUGUACGUGAUCUGGGGACCUUUUCGAAAUAUGAGGAAGGAUGGAAAUGGCAUUGUGUACAACAUGCUGAAGAAAACUGUUGACAGCUACCCAACUGCCAAAAUCUAUGUGACAACAGAAAAGCGGAUGAGUUACUGUGAUGCAGUAUUUAAGAAGGAGACAGGAAAAGACCGAGUCCAGUCAGGUUCAUAUCUCAGUACGGGUUGGUUUACCUUAAUUUUGGCUAUGGAUGCCUGCUAUGGAAUUCACGUCUAUGGGAUGAUAAAUGACACCUACUGCAAGUCAGAAGGAUUUCGUAAAGUUCCCUACCACUACUAUGAGCCAGGAAGAGAUGAGUGUGAGGAAUACUUUCUGCAUGAAAAUGCUCCAUAUGGAGGCCAUAGGUUUAUCACAGAAAAGAAAGUAUUUGCUAAAUGGGCCAAGAAGCACACAAUAAUAUUUACACACCCCAACUGGACAGUGUCUUGAUACUGGUUUUCUUAACUCUCCUUUAACAUCAUACUACAAAAAUGUCUCAGUUUACAAUAAUUUUGCUUACAUAUGGCUGGCCUUUCUCAGCCUAGGUAACACUAAACUAAAAACUGGAAGACAAAGAGGGUGAUGGUUCAGCUGUUAAGCAAAAUUAAUCAUCUGUGGAAGGCAGGCACAUUGUUAUUUCUUAGGGUUUUACUCCACACAAUGCACUUUAUACUUUAACUGGAUUUUACUUCAAGGCAGUAGCAGUUAAAGAUGGAUGAGAUUUCCUGUAUAUACAGGUGCACCUAGAGAACCUGGUGGUCCUUUAAAAAUUGUCCAUCACCUUAGUUAAUUAAUUUGCAGUACUACAGCACUAGUUCCAUAUGUGGUAUUAGUAGAAAUUUUCCACAAAAGAAAUAUGAGGAAAAUAUAGACCUCCAAGGUCUAUGAGCAAGUAAAUUUUAAAAAACACCUGAAUACAUUGAUACAUGUGAGCCCUUGCAUAUAUGGUAAAAUCAGAGAUGAGCUAAACAUGGUUCUUGAACUGUACACAACUCUCAUGAUAAGGUGUUAUUUACUCAAAGGCUCCUGAUUAAUUCAUAACUUCUGAAAUGCAGCUUCCUUCUGCCCUGGUCAGGCUGCACCAUCUUGGAUGAUGUUAUGUGCUUUUUGAGGCUGUUGUCUCACAGUUUAGCUCUAGCAGCAUGGCACUUAGCAAAGACUGUGUUUUGCAGUCCAUGCUGAACCUUUGGCCAUUGUACCAAGCCUGAUGUCAGUACCCAAGCUGAUUAGUGCAAAGUUGUCUCAUGAGCAUCUCCAUUUACUCCAGUUGUGCCUUUGAGUUUCUCCAACAUCCAAAUACCAGUAUUUUGACAGUAUUUCCCAUGUAGCCAUCAUAAUUUAUUUUAAAUAUCCAGUUUUUCCAUCUUUAAAAACAGGGAUAGUAUCUGUCUACCUCACAAGGGAGUUGUGAGGAUUCAUUUAAGUCCAUAAAGCACUUUCCUGAUGAAGAAUGCUACAGAGCAUUUAUUCUUAAAACAAAAACAGUGGUACCUGUCAUUUAUUCUUGUCUGCUGAGUAUUUGAAGAAAGUUACAGCAUGUCUGGGGCUGAUGGCAAAUUGUUCUGUGCAUCCACUUUCCUAACAGGAUAAUUCGUAAUACUGAGUUCUCUCAGCUUGCAUUGCUUCAGAUGGAGUUGAAAGAACUCACCACCUUGCAGUAUUAUCUGCACAUUAAGAGGCAGUUCAAGAAUUUAAAAAUAUACUCAUCUCUAGCUGAAAUAUGUAUUUCCAAGCUUACUCUCAUCGAAAAUUUUCAACUGCAGCAGACUGAUUUGUAAUAUGACCAAUAAUUCAACUACACGUGAGUUUUAUUUAAACUGUAUUUAAAUUAAUGCUUUAAGUUUAUAAUGUGUCCUACAAAUAUUUUAACAUCUGGAAUGUCAGAUUCAACACUGUAAUAGCCAAUACUGUGAACACUUGAAAGAAUUGUGUGUGGAACAUGACACACAGUGUUUACUCACACUACUUAAACAUUAGCCAACAGGAAACUUUGUAUGCUUUUGUAAAUCAUGAAAGGGGAAAGUAAAAAGCUAUUUUUACAUGUAAGUAUUUGUAUACUGACUAUUUCCUAUUGUAUAUUUGUAUAUAUAAAUCUAUAUUUUAUAUGUUCAUGGCAUAUAUAUUCUCUCAUCAGCAGCGGCAACUCUGAGGAUGGGUAGGAAAUUUCUUCACCAUUGUUCUUCCUCCUGAUCAUUGGUUUCUUGUUCCUGUUGGUAGGUGAUGCCAGGAUAUCAUCCUUCUCACCCCUUCUAAUUUCUACUGUAAAUGCAGUUUUAUGGUUUUAUUUCUAAUAUAGCUCACCUUUCACUGCUUACUUUAGCGCUGUAAGUGUUCAUGCUGGUUGUCAGAUAUAGGCUGGGGCCAUGCUUAUGAUCCUGGGUAAACAUCUGUAUUCAAAUACAGGGUCUGUCCCAGACUUCUUGCGCAACUUGAUGUCUCACCUUCCUGUUUUCGAAAGGAGAACAAUAACAUUUUUGUGCUCCCUGUCUUGACUGACUUUCUUAUAAGCUCUUGAGACAGGUAUUCUCAUUUGCAAUAUAUUUGUAUAAUGCCUUGCAGAAAAGAUACCCAAAGUGUCUGAAGGCUACAGGCAAUGCUAUAAUAUACAAAUAAUUUGAAGUGGCUGCUUCUUGUCCCUGGAGUUUAAAAUCAAUUGUAGGCUAAUAUAGCAUGGGAUGAAAUCAAGAGGGGGAAGGGUCAUGGAUGGAUGAAGUCGUAGUAGCAAAAGACAGUGAGCUAGAUUUAUCGCCAUAUGCAUAUGCUUCUUUCAGUUCAGACGGAUGACUGGAUAGAUAGAAAGCUAAUAAAAAAAAUAAAUUGUAAUGCAGGGUUUGAAGAAUGCAGGACACACAGAACGAGGGAGAACAUUCCACAUAUAUUGUACAGGGCAGCCUGGGAAAACCUAUAGCUCCCUUAUGGGAAGAGGAGCUGAAAAGGAGAAUAUCAGUCAAAUUGAACUUGUAUUUAGAAGGUCUUUGGGUUGGUAGAAAGUUACUAUGAAAGUGCUGCACAUGUAAGUGCAGUUGGGCUGGACAGACUUACAGAAGUGUCCUGAUGAAUCAUAGUCCCCAACAAGCACAGCGUAAGGAUUCUGCCUGAGUUGUGUUGACGUACAAGGUGGUUUUCAAGCCUGAGAAACUUUUUAAGUUAAUUAAGACUUGUCAAAUCACCAUAAAUCUGUUGUAAAAUAUGUGCUUCAUACUGAAGCUCCUUGUAGAGUGCUUGCAUGCUGUAUGAAACAAUAUCUCAUGCAAAGGCUAGCUAAGAGAAAUAAAGCUCUAAGAACAGCUAAAUGUACAGCAAAAUUGACAACAUCAUUAGAGUGCAGUUGUCACAAAGUAAAAGUGUUGCUCUCUGCUUGGAUUUGCAGUAAGAACAGAUCCACUUUUAGAAACAUUGCAGCAGGCUUCAUUCACACUACAGUAAAUGAACAUCAGUUACCUUAUUUAAAUGAGUCUGUCUUUAGCAUAAACUAAACACGUAUUUGCAUGAUUUCUAUUAUAUGAGUAAGGAACUGUGACCACUGUGUUAAAGAUGAUUCUACAAAGAAAUUACUUUGUCCAAAUCUGUUAAAAAUCAGCACUGUAAUACUGAAGGAUGAAUCUCAAUACUUGGCUGGGGAGUAAGAGACCUUGAUGAUUCACCUUUUGAGAGCAGUUAAGACAUCAGCUGAGAAUCAUUUAUUAAUUCUUUAAAAUAAAGCCUACUACAGUUUACCUGAAUGUAUGUAAUCAGAUCCUAAUUGCUUAUUCCUUCAAGCAGUCCUAUUUCAAUCAGCUACUCGUGUAUAAAAUAAGCAGGGAGUUUAUCUGAGAUUUUCAAAAUAGAUCUUCAUAUUGCUGCUAAUAGAGGAAUACUCACAAAUAAGUUGGUAUACUUUUUGCCAUCAGUCAGCUAUGUAGUCAACAAAUGUUUUCUUUUAUAAUUUAGUUAGUUUUUUAAAAUACACUUUUUGAAGAAAAAUAAGGCUUUUAUUGUUUGGCUUGCUGUAGGCUUGCUUUUAAUGAAAGUUUAAAUUUUAAUAUACUUUGUGUUUUAUGUUGCAUUACCUUCUGAUUUAAUGUUUUUUUUUUUGUUUUUUUUUUUUUCAAAUUAAAAUAGUUGUAAAUAGAAGCAGAAGUUUUCCUGAGGGGAAAAAAAAAAUAUCUUUUUGACUGGAUAAUUACUAAUUCACAGACAAUUAUCUGAAUAACAUAAAAAACUAGGUUUUGUUUUUCCAAACAGACAGAGUAGACAUGAUCCCAACCUUUUCAUCCCUGCUAGAUGUCCAGAUCACAUCCUUCUGUUUAUACUAAGGCCUCUUCACAGAAAGAAAAAUGUAGUCUAUGUAUUCAGCCAAAUUCCCUUUCCAUCUGGGCUGGGAGGCUCCAUCUGCAGAUUGCUUGUAUCAGUUACAUCAGUAAGCGGGAAGGGCUGAGGAAGAGUUCUACUUAGGAGCAGAUGGUGUUCCAACUUCUGAAAAAUGUCCCUAAAGUGCUUUAAGAGAGGAGUAUCCAUUGAUCUCUCCUGGAAAUACUUCACCAAUGUAUUCUGUUUCUUCAAAUGCCUUUAGCUCCUGUGUAGAACUAUCGUCCUACUCUCUCCAGUAAGGAUUACCAGCGUUGGAAAAAACAUGCCCUUUACAAGAAAAAAUAGAGGCAAAUUCUGUGCUGUUAAAGAUUUCUGUAUAAACAACACCAGGGAUGAAUAAGUCAGCCUGACACAAACUAUCUGAAGACCCACUGAUUUAGGAAUCUCUCAGAGCUCAAUUCAAAACUAAUGAAAAUCACUUCGGCAAGUUCAUGAAUACAACACCCAUCCUAGUAAAAUCUUUGCACUCCUGGGUACUAAAGUAAGCAGUGUUUUCUUUCAGAAGUACCAUGUGCACAUAAUGCAUCGCAUAGUUAAUAAAGAGAAGCCCAUCUAACACUUGGAGGGCUGAUGCAGAUGGUCUUUAUAUAUCUGCUCAUGGGCGGGACAAAAGUAAGAUAGCUGGCAGCAAAGCACAGAUGUUCAACUAGAGGACAUGUACAGGUAAGUAAGAAUUAAGUAAUCACUCAUGAAUUAUAACUGGAUGGUGCCCUUAAUAAGUAGAAAAUGAGAAGCACUUUACAUGUUGAUGCUUAUAUUUUGCUGACAUUAUUUUCUGCAUGCAUCUCAGAAAUAGCAUGUGUCUUUAGUUGUGCUCGAGCAGGUUGGGGGCUUGUUUAUGAUGAAUCUUAGGGUAGCCGCAAGAGUGAAACUCUGUGGUAGUGCUAAAGGAUCCCAUAGGAGCUGUCUGUGGGAAUUGCGGUGUACUGUGUACAACAGAGUCAUGCAUUUACUAAAAAAGGCCUGUUUUUCCUGACUAGGCAUAGUUCUUUUGAGGAGAAAGUGUUUCAUUUUCAGCAGAUGUGUCUCAUUCUGUUCCUUCUUUCCUGAGAGGAUGCAGAGGAAUGUGACUUAACCAUGGGGGAGUGAAGAAUGAUAUGGUAAAUAGCCAACCACCAGAUUCAUAUAUAUUUUUCUGGCUAUUGCUGUGAUGUAUAGCUAAUGACACCGAGAAAAGCAAGCUUUUUGUAAACCUUGUAUCGCAUAAUCUACAGAAGUCUCACGUGUCUGUUCUGGAGUAGAGUCUCCUAGGCGAACCCUCAAGGAAGGGGCUGAAGGAGAGAGUCUCUCCCCAUUGAGAGCCAGGGCUUCUGUGGAAGCCGUAAGAAUCUGUGAGGCACAGCUGGGCCUGUGCCCCCAGCUGUGGUGGGCUCCCCACCCCGCCGCAGCUUUGGGCCCUUUCCAGCCCCACAGGAUGAAGCACGUUCCCCAGCUGAUUUAUGCAGCCUGGGAGCUGCACAAAGGCUGCCCUAUCCUCCCCUUCUGUGGGGCCAGGGGAGCGGUGGUGCUAAUUCAGGAGCGAGGAGUGACUGGUGUCAGAGCAGGGACGCUCCCCCAGGUUAGCAGCAUGGCCUUGCUUGGGCACAGUCUCACCUCAGGUGCUGAACUCAGUUUCUCAGAAUGUGAUGGGGAAGAUAUCACUGGGUUUUGUUAUUGUUUGUAUGACUAACUCACAAAGAGUGACCAUUUUAUGGUUGUCUUAAACAGCUGAUUUUGUGUCUUUUUUUGCAUUGCUUGCUGCUAUUUCUGGGAAUUCCUCAAGAUAUGCAGCUGUCAGCAUCUGCCACUGCUGUUCUGAUUUACUGGCCAUAAAGAGACUGUAAACUUGAACUAAUGCAUGUUCUUACCAUGUAUUAUGCAUGAUAGCAUGUUACGCAUUUUAUUCUCGCACUAUAAUAAAUAAUGUAAGUUGUGUGUAAUCUUAGUUUAAGCAGCAGAAGUAGUGUUUUUUCUUUCUCUCAUAUCAUGUGUUGCCCCAAGCACUUUGCUGGAGCUCUGUAAGUGCCAUUAGCAACUGGAAGCAAAUAAAUUGUUGAAAGCAGUCAGGAAAUAUGUACUGAAUUUGACAUUUUUCCUUGGAAUACUGGAAAUAGUUAAACUUGCUUUUGUGAGCCUACUCAGGUGCUCACAGUCACAGUUCUAUGUUCUGUUAUAAGGAUAUCUCACAUCUGAGUGUAACAUCAGGAAUGACUUUAUCGACAUGGAUAGUGUUAAGAUGUUGGCAGAGCAGCGACCACAAUUUUUUUACAUUAUGGGAGUAUCUUUUUAACGGGAAUUGCACACGUAGAACAUUGGCUAGGAUGCCUGUAGUUUUUUCAUAUUCUUGCUGCUGAAAAUAGUAUUUCUGAGGAUGGCCGGAGGAAAAAGAAAUUGUGUGCUCACUGCUCUUUUGGCCGUUCAUCUAUCCCCUCUUCAUCCACACAGAUCUGCAAACACAAAGGGUGUCUAUAAGUAGUCUUUUUUUCCAGAUAGUGUCAAGUAAAACUAAUUAAGACUAAUAUAAAUAUAGUAAAUGUAUAGUAAAAUAUGGUAAAUACAGGUUAUAGUACUUGUUGAUUCAUAUUUAUUCUGUAUAUUUCCAAAGCCUAUGUCUACACUGGUGAGGAAUUAGCUCAGCUGGAUCAGAUCUGUAGCCUGAAGCGAUGCAAAGGACCAAAGGACCUGAUUUCCACACCAUACACAGUCUCUAGUCUGGUCCCAAGGGCUGAAUGCCACUAGUUCUCGAAGCACAUCUUUUAGUUUCAUCCAAAAAGAAUCUAGUUCACAUCCUCAGGACCACUCCAUCAUGAAAACUAAAGCUUGUUAAGUGAGUCUAUACUAGGCUGUCCCACAGGAAAGUGAAUUCCUGUUAGCCCACCUUCUGGCUAAAUAGAAGCCGCCUGCUGUUUUUUUUUUUUUUCCCUGCUUGAGCUUUGCAUGGGUAUUUUUUUGCAUAUAUAUUUUUAUUUCAAAUCUGAGAUCUGAUUCCUCCUGUCAGAUCAUGGGAAUCUAGGGCUCCUGACUCCUCCUAAAAUUAGCAUCCAAAUGUGCUCCAUAAAUCAGGAAUGUGGUAUAGGACAGAGUAAUCCAGCAUGGGUACAGCAUGGGAAGUGCUUAGUUUGAUGAAGAGUUAACUGUGAUUCCACUUGUGGAUGCGUUUUUAUCAUGAACGUGUUAGAUUCUUGCUAAUGCAUGCAUUGUUUUUAUACUGCAUCACACAUAAAAAUUCCCUUCAUCAUUUUCCCCGGGGUAUUUUUGUUCUUGUGGCCCUCCAGUUGUAUCUGUAUACGUGUGCAUAUGUGCAUGUAUACACAGUGUACAAGAAUUCUUCUGUUUUUAGACAGUUGCUACUAUAUGCUGCUAACAUAAACUUAUUUAGAAAGUUCAUGUUAUGCUAUUUAUUACAUGUAUUCUUUGGUUGCCUUUUUGUAAUGCUGACAAGUGUAUUCAUAGUAGAUAUCACUGUAGACUUAGAAAACUUUCAUACUAUUUAUACUUAUUUUAGAAGUUCUGCCAUGUGUUUCUCUGCUAUAUGCUACUUAUUUUUUGCUCCCAUUUGGAGAAUGUGCUUCUAUGUACUUGCAGAAUUGUGCCUGGGUUAUUUUAAAAUAUGAAUAAAUGUAUACAAUUUUCAAA